UUAAAGCACCCUGGGAGAGUGGAGGGUGUCCCUGCCCAGGGCAGGGGGCUGGAACUGGAUCCUCUUUAAGGUCCCUUCCAACCCAAACCAUUCCUUGAAUCUAUGAAAUACAGGAGAGCAGAGCUGCCUCCUGCACCCAGAGGAAAGGCACCAACCCCACAGGUGUGACUCAUCCCUGUGGACUCCUGGCAGAGGUGGCAAUUUGGCAGAUUUGUGGGUGUGUUUGUAAGGUGUUUUGUCAUUUUGCAGUGCAAUACCUUCAUCUGCAGGUUCCUCAGCCUUAAUCCAGUCAGGCAAGAAAAGAAGCAGCUGCUGCCCAACAUUAUUUCUUCAUGGGAAAACUCCAAAUGAGUCUGGGCACCCAGGCAGGGCUGGGUGAGACUGGGGCAGGAUGGCAGCAGAUGAGUGGUUAGAGAGUCACGUCUGAGACCUUGGGGAUCCCUGGCUGGGUUAACUUUGCUCACAGUAUUCCCCAGACUUCUGAAAACAGUGAGUAUUUCCACAGAAAAUAAGAUCUGCUCAUUAGAGCUGCUGGAGAAUUACCAGUGGUCUGUGAAAUUAGUUCAUUCAUAAUCUAAAAUGCAUUUAAUUGCUAAGGCUGUCUUUACUUUGCACUUCUUUCCUUAGUUUUAUGUUGUCUUUAUAUCUGUGAAAAUAACUAGAUAUUUUAAUUAACCUCUGGUGUUUUUUUUUCUUGUAGUUUUGUAAGUGGUCUCUAAUCAGUGUUAUCAUUUUAAGGAAAAUUUGGAGUUUUCUUAUGGCUACAUAUAAAGAUUACUAUCCUCUUAGAACUUGCUUCACUUAAAACUACACUUUCCAACUAUGUUUCCUUUGAAAAUACAACUGACAGUGUUCUGAAGAAUUAAGAGCUUUACUUUUCAUCCUUGGAUGACCAUGUGAACACUAAAGCCUCCUGCUGCAGCCUUCACUUGCUUGGUAGCAAUGGCAGGUUAUCAUGUUAUGGUGGUUUAUUGAGUUUUAAGCAAGCCAUGUGGCCAUUCAAGCCCUAAAACCAAUAGAUUACGUUCUGUAAUAACUGAUUUAAUAAUUCUGAUAAAUGUUGAAGUUACGAGUUUGUAGUGUUUGGAAAAAUAUAUUUCUCUAGCAAAUUAUUGCAAAGUCAGUAUAAAUCUUAAUUUUAUAAAAAGUGUGCUUGUAAUUUUUUUGUGCAGGACACCUUUUCCUGUAAAUUAGCUGUAGAUUAUUUUCUGGAGCAGUGGACAGGGGAGAGAGGUGACUCCAGAUGAUGAAGGACCUUUUGGAUGGAGACUUUGGGUCCAGCACUGGGCAGGGUGUAACUCCCACAGUUGUCAUUGUUUGGACAGAUCCCUCUGUUUGCUGUGUCCAUGUGGGGCCAGACUGCUGUGCCGUGCAUCCUGCCAAGUAGUUAAAAUCUGCAUUAAUAUGCUUGGGGUAGAGGAAAGGAAGAUAGUUCUAUAGACUUCUACAAGAUACUUCAAUUUUACACCAACAGGGGUCAGAGUAAGGGAUUUGAAGAUAAGGCUGUGGGCAUUAACCAACAGAGGGAUAACUUUUUAAAUUCAUGAUUGGUUUUGGUUUUUGGGGUUUUUUUGCUGUUUUAAGAGACUCUUUGCUCUCUUGUAGCCACUGCCCAUCCAGUCUCUCCUUGCUCUUUCCCUUCUGUGGAGGGCUUUGGACUGAACUGGAGAAGGAGGAUUUCUGGUGACAAUCUCCUGAGCUGGGUGUGGAAGUGUUCCCUUACUGGAAAGUCCUUUUCACAUGGGAGGGUAUUGACACCUCAGCUGCUCAUGUACCUGUGUCCUGGUACAUGGUUGGAGCAGAAACCUCUGGAACAGAGGAGUAUCAUGCUUACAGCUUCUUAAAAAGGCAGGGAUUAUUGGCAGUAGAUAGUUUAUGAUAAGAGACACAAAUCAUCCUCUCUCUGUUUAUGUUUUCAUGUGGCCCAGUGCCACUAUUCCCAUGUUUUUCCCUGAAGUAACAGUGAGUUGCUGCUGUCUUGCUUGUUUUGCCCUCAGUUUCUCCAGCUGCGCAGUGGUUGCCUUGGCAGGCUGCCGCAGUGCUGGGACUGGGUGGUUUCCAGGAUGAGUCAAACAAUGCAGCCGAGCGAGCUCCAUGUUCCACUGCUGGCAGGGGCCGGUGUCUCGGUGAGCCCGGCAUUCUUGGAGAUGUCCCAGAUUUCUGCCUCACUCAGAGGUAACAGCCCUAGGUGGGGUUCCACCCGUGAUUAAAUACAAAAUGAAUGUGAAUUAAUUAGUGAGGCACGAUGAGCUCAAGGAUUCCGAGCUGUGAAAUGGAAUUGUGGAAUUGGCAAUAAGCAUUUAAUGACUGCAGAAAUCAGAAAGGAAUUCGGUGCAGCCUUUCACCCCAAACCUGUAGGUGUUUCCCAGCCACCUCCCCUUCUUUAGCAAUAUUGAUCCCAAUAUUCUGCUUUGUUUUGCCUGAUCUAUUUUAUUUCCUUAGAAGAGCUGGUGGCUGCUAGCUUUUAACCCAGAAAAUGUUUUUCAUAUUAACAGCCGAAUUCAGAGACUGGCAUGAGAUUCUCCUUAAGAGCUACCUAAGAAAUUCAGUGCAUUAGUUGAACUCUUUCAUGGUAAUUUCAUGAUUAGGUAAUAAACCCUAAAAAUCUGAAAUCAUAACAUGGUGGACAAACAUCAGAGAUGAAAGGGGCAGCCAGCUGUGUGCCUGGGCCUUUGAUGCUGUCAGAGGGGAGAGCCUGGAGCCUCUGGAUGGGAAAACACAUCUCUGCUCUCCCAGUGCAGGACCCCUUCUGCUUCUGAUCAGCAUCAUUUGUGCUGAUCAGUAUGUGUCAGGGGGAAAAUUGAGGGGCUCCUCUCAAGGCAUGAUAAUUUGAUAAGGUUUUUCAUGUUGCCUUCUCUUGAGAUCAAGCUGUCAUCCUGUUUUGUCACAGUUCUUGCUUUAGUGGUUUAGCUCACUAACUUUUAUGUAUUUUAUUUUUGAUUAUUUUUUUAAUUAAUUUUUUCUACUUUUACUUGUGGUGAUAGAAGAUCAGUGUCUCAGUUCUUCUGAGCCCACAGCAGCUGUUGUUUUUGCCUUGGACAUGUCUAGCAUCUAAUAAUGAGAUUUGAUGUAUCAUGUUGUUUUUCCUUCAUUCCCUUUGCUGGGUUAUUUUUCUCUAACAAAUGUUCUUGUAACAAGUUGCAUCCCAGGAUGUUUAGCUUUUAUUAAGGACUGUGGGAAAUUUCAUGGAGGGAAUAGAGGUCUGAAUUCUUCUGCAAAGGAAAUAACUCUUCACUCUGACCCUUGUUUAUGACCCUUGUUUAUCACAGUUUGAUUUCAGGGCCCUGAGUGCCCACAUUUGCUACUAACAUGGCAGGAACUGCCCAAGGAGAGCAGAGCAUUGAACCCAGUGGAGAUGAGACCUGUCUUAAACCACUUCAGAAGGGACCCACAGGCUGAGAGGCUUUAAUAAGCUCUCCAGAUUGCAGUUUACAGCAUUGAACAGAUUUUUUUUUUUUUUUUUAAAGGAAGGGCUCACAAGUCAUUCAGUAAAGGAACUGAAUUAUGAAUGCCUGAAAAUCACCUUGCAAGCCCAGUAAGGACAGUCUCUGGCAUAGGUUUAGCUGCUUUUUUACUAGUAAUAAUAAAACUGCGUUCAAAAAGUGGAAACAGAGAUGUCUAAACUUCUUUAACAUCUUUAUUCCAGGAGGAAAUCAGCAAAUGAGUGGUGAUGGAUGUAAGGGUGAUCUACUGCCUGCUCUUUUGGGCUGCACACUUCUUCCUGGCCAUGCCAUACACCACUCCCAGGGUUCUUGGUAACGAAUCAAAGACUGGUUAUGAGCAAGAUGCCUGUAUAAAUCUCAUUCCCUGCCAAGAUAAUGGAGCAAUUUGUAUUCAGCCUUGCUCUCCCUCCUUCCAUGGGGAGACAAGCUUUGUCUGUGAGGACAGAAAGUGGCAGAUGCUGUCAGAUGCUUGUGCAAGCCUGGAUGUUCAGUCCCUUUUUCAGAGGAUAUCCCAAAGUGAACUCCCAUGCUCUGGAGGACAUCUUCCUUUUUUAGGAGGAGGAAAGCUAGGGCCUGGGAAGCUUGGAGAUGGAGCAAAACAUUUUGGUGCUGGGAAUCAUAGCUGCCAAGCUGAUUUUUCAUGCAUCAUCCCAGAUAUCCUGUCUUCACCAGCCAUCCCAGGAAACAUUGCUGAUAUAGUGGAAUUGCUAAAGAAGAUUUCCCUGCUGCUAUCAGAGAAUGUCACUAGAGGAAAAAUGCAGAGCUACAGCAGGAUAGCAAACCAUAUCCUGAAUAGCUCCAUCAUUUCCAACUGGGCUUUUGUGAAGGACAGAAAUGCUGGUUCAAUAUUACUGGACUCGGUGAAUUUAUUUGCUGGGAAACUUCUUCUAAGAAAUGGGUCAGAAAGUAUCCAGGAGCCCUUCAUCGCUACCAAAGGCUACAGCAUACACAGAAACACUUCAGGAAAGAGCUUUGACUUUUCCAUGGAGUUCAACAGCACAGGCAAUAUUACUGGCCACGUGGUGAUUCCAGAGCAGGAGCUGCUGAGGUUGCCCAGGGCUUCCAAAGCCAUCAGUGUUGCAUUUCCAACGCUCGGAGCCAUCCUGGAGACGAAGCGGCCGGACCCCGCUGUUGUGAACGGGAUGGUGCUGUCGGUGUCGCUGCCAGAGGAGCUCCAGAGCGUUUUGCUCACCUUUGAGAAGCUGAACAAGCUGGAGCAGGUGGAGGCUCAGUGCGUAGGGUGGCACUCGGCCGAGCGGCGCUGGGACCCGCGGGCGUGCCAGGUGCGCGCGCACAACGCCAGCGCCGUGGUUUGCGUCUGCGCCCACCGGCGCCGCACCUACGGAGCCUUCUCCAUCCUGAUGGCCCCGGCCGUGCCACGGAGCUCCCUGCUGGACUACAUCACACGGGUGGGCCUGGGGCUCUCCAUUCUCAGCCUGGUCCUCUGCCUCGUCAUCGAGGCCAUGGUGUGGCAGCACGUCACCAAAACUGAAAUCACCUACAUGCGCCACUUCUGCUUGGUCAACAUCGCCGCCUCACUUCUCGUCGCUGAUGUCCUGUUCAUCCUGGCAGCCAUUGUGCACAACGCAGCCCUGAACUACCAGCUGUGUGUGGCAGCCACUUUUUUCCUUCACUUUUUCUAUCUUGCCCUGUUUUUUUGGAUGUUUACCCUGGGCCUCUUAAUUCUCUAUGGAUUAUUAUUAAUUUUUUUUAAGAUAACAAGAUCUGUGUUCUUAGUUGCAGCAUUCUCCAUUGGAUAUGGAUGUCCUUUGGUCAUAUCUGUCCUCACCGUUGCUAUUACUGAACCAAAAAAUGGGUAUUUAAGGAAUGGAGCUUGCUGGCUCAAUUGGUAUGAGACAAAAGCCCUUUUGGCUUUUGUUGUACCUGCGCUGAGCAUCAUUGUGAUGAAUCUCAUUGUGGUAGUCGUGGUUGUGGUGAAGACUGGGAGAUCCUCCCUUGGAGAAGGCUGCAAGUCACAAGAUUUGAGCAGCAUGAUCCGAGUCAGCAAAAACAUUGCCCUUCUGACGCCUCUGCUGGGCCUCACCUGGGGCUUUGGGUUAGCCACAAUCAUCGACAGCCGCUCUCUGGCCUUCCACGUCGUGUUUGCGCUGCUGAACGCCUUCCAGGGAUUCUUCAUCCUGUUGUUUGGGACACUUCUGGACAGAAAGACAAGAGAAGCAUUAAGGAUGAACUGCUUUUCAUCAAGGCGGAAGUGGGGUCUAGAAAAGGUAAAGGCUAUUUAUUUUCCUGUUAAUGGCUAAUUUACCAAUUUACAAACCUGAUUUGUAUGUUGGAAGAAUGGAACCAUCCACUACAUCUUACACCAUGUAACAUUUUUCAAAUGUAAAUUCUUGCUGAAGGACAUACAGGUAUCUCAAUAGUCUGCUCAGGAUAUUAAGGUUCUAAAGAUCAGAAGUGGCAAUUGAUAGAUUUUUGUGACUCUUUCAUUACCUACUGCUGUGGUUACAAGUUAAAAGUGGUAUUUUUAACCAGUCUCUUCACCUGCAGAUGUCAAAGCCCUUUUGGUAGACAGUCAUAGUAACUUUUUUCCUCAUAUUAGAUUUACUUUAAGGUCACUGAAUAACGAAGGAACAGAAUUAGGAAUCAGAAAUCCCAAUAUAAUGACCUGUUUGCUGCCUUCACAAAAAUAUGGAUCUGUAUGUCAGCAGGGCUGCUUUAGGAUGUCAGAGGAUUGUUCUGCUUUCAUCUGAGGGAUGGAAACCACUGAGAGCCCAGCCAAUGUCUUUGGUGCUAAUUGAUGUGCACUCAUGAGAGCUUGAGGUUCUUUCAGAAAUCAGAACAAUUCAUUAAAGCAAUUCAACCUUAAGGAAACAAACUGUGUUUUAGCAGCUUCCUACAAAACUUUGGCAAAACUGAAGUGUUGACAUCACUCAGCUGGUGUUUCCUAUCUCUACAGGAAAACUUUUGUCUGUUGUCCUGAGAUUUCUUUUGGUACCAAGUCUUAGUGGUUUCACACAGUGUCCCAAGAAUUACCUGCAGUGUUUUGCUGUCUGCCAAAAGAAACUGUGUCAGUACAGUUUGGACAUGGGAAAAAUAAUUUCGUUGCUUUUUCUCCAGUCUAUUACUCAGUUACGAUCCUUGUAUUGAAAGCUGCAGAAGGUCUUCCAGUCACUCUGUGUUUAAAUGUGUAUGUGGCUUAUGAGGGGAAAAUAGAGGGGUUCAGGCAACUGUUCCUCCUCUCUGAAAUGGGUCAUUUGGGGCAGGAGAGACUGUGCAACUUUGAGAUUACAGUUCUUUUAUAGAUCCAGGAAGAUCCAAUAAAGAUAUUUCACAUCUUGUCAGGCGUUACAUCAGGAUUGGAAAUUUGAAAGAUAAAAUUCUCUCAAGACACCAUCAAUAUAAUAGUCUGGAAACAACAGAUGGAAAUGUCACUAAUCCCAUGACUCAGCAACAUUUGAUAAAAAUAUUGAGUGAUCUCACCGGGCAAAACUUGAUGUGGAAACUAUGGCUGUGUGUGCCUGGGAAUUUGGGUUGAUGUUGUCACUCACCUGGGUGGAAUAAACCACGUGUAGGUGUUUAUUGUGGCAUAACAGAGGGGAAAGGUAUGAGUCAUCCAAUUUUGUAAACUUGGGUGUAAACAUGGAGUUUGAUUCAUUAGAGCUGGAGAAGUUUGUCACACCUGAGAUGAUUGUUUAAAAAAAAAAAAGUCUUGUUUCAGAGAGCUUCAGAAUCAUGGGAUUGUUUAGGUUGGAAAAGACCUCUGAGGUCAAGUUCAUCCAUGAACCCAGUGCUGCCAAACCCACCAUUAAAUCAUGUCCGCAAGGGUCACACCUAUGUGACUUUUAAAUACCUUGAGGGACUUCAUGGUGAGUCUACCAUGGCCCUGGGCAGCCUGUUCCAAUGGUUGAUGACUCUUUAGUUGAGUGAAUUGUUCCUAAUAUCCAAUCUAAAUCCCCCUGGAACAAGUUGAGGCCAUUUCCUUUUGUCCUGUUGCUUGUUACAUGAGAAAAGAGCCUGACCCCACCUGGCUGUCCCCUCCUGUCAGGAGCUGUGCAGAGCCAGA